AUGCCGUCGCGCCGUCGGGGAUCUCCGGGCGACCGCGGCGUCCGCCAGCGCCCCUCCGGCGCCUUCUACGCCGAGAUUCGGUCCGGCGACGUCCGCCUCGGCCUCGGCACAUUCGAGAUCGCGCACGAGGCCGCCCGUGCGUACGACCUGGCGGCGUGGUGCCUCCAGAGGCCUCGCACGCAGAUGAACUUCCACGACGUCUGGACGUGCGAGCAGGCGCAGCGCGUCGCUCCUUCGCCUCGUCUUAUAACAGACCAGGACCGGGAGGAACACCAUCGGCGGCAGCGCCGCCUCCUCAUCGCCGAGGUGGAUGAGCGAGCCAUGGCGGAGUGGCGCCAGCGCUACCCGCAGGACGUCACCGACGAGCACACCUUUUGGGCAGAGAGGACGGCAAGGCGCCAUGCGGAGCGGGCGAAGAGGCGUCGGCAGAAGGCACUCGCGGAGGCGCAGUGCGAUCUCGUUAACGCAGGUGGGGAGUCGUUCUUCAACUCAGACGAUCCUUGUUGGGAAGACGCGUGGCUCGAUACCUCGGACGACACCAGCAAGAAUGAUGAUGACGACUCGGAGUAG